AUGGGGCCCCCUUCCAAGAAGAGGCGUCUAAGCCCGCCUCAGUCGGAUGAGAACAUUUCAGGCGCGAAGGUACAGAAUGCGUUCUUCAAGAAUGCUGCCAGUUGGAACCUAGAGCAGGACUACGAGUCGCGUCCAAGGAAAGGAAAGAAGAAGGAGAAGGAGAGCAACAAACUUCCCAUCAAGACGGCAGAUGGUCGCUUGGAGCAGGUGGCCGUGAUCGACGAGAUUGCUCCCAUUGAGAGCGACGAUGAAUGGCUGGACGGGAACGAGAGCGAUGGGGCAGCCUCGGAGUCUGCCCAGGAACUUCAUCCGGCCGAACCAACGAUGUCGGAGCGUGAACAGAUCAUCAAAACGAAGGAGGAGCUGGCGAAGAUCGGUCAACAUCUAAGCGAGAACCCAGAGGAGUACCCUGGGGCUUUCAAACAGCUGGGGAAGCUCGGGGAGUCAAGCAUUCCUGCCAUUCGCAAGCUCUGCGUAGUGACACAGCUGGCGAUAUACAAAGAUGUCAUCCCAGGCUAUCGGAUACGACCGAGCACUGAGGAUCCCGCCGGGGCGAAAUUGUCCAAGGAAGUCAAGAGUUUGCGGUCAUAUGAACACGCUCUAGUGGCUGGCUACCAAGCAUACUUGAAGAAGUUGACAGAGUAUGCCAAGCUCAAGGGCUCCGCAGACAACAACAGUCUGGCGAAGGUUGCCAUUACAUGCGCCUGCACCUUGGUCACAUCGGUUCCUCACUUCAACUUCCGAACGGAGCUCUUGAAGAUUUUGGUGGGCAAGCUGAGUGCUAGGAAGGUCGAUGAAUCCUCUAAAAAAUGCCUGAAAGCCCUUGAGACCUUGUUCCAGGAAGAUGAAGAGGGAAGACCAACCAUGGAGGCAGUAUCGCUCCUUGCAAAAAUGAUGAAAGCGCGGCGAUACUUGGUUGACGAAAGUGUCCUCAAUCUCUUUCUCUCCCUGCGGCUGCUCUCUGAGUUCUCCGGGAAAGCCUCGAAAGACGGAGUGGACAUGGCCAACGGCGAGAACAAGGCCCCGAAAAAGAAAUGGGAGCAUCGGACGAAGCGUGAACGGAAAGCUUUGAAGGAAGAGAAGGCUUUGUCCAAGGUGAUGGCGCAGGCAGAUGCUCUGGUGAGCCACGAGGAGCGAGAUCACAUGCAGUCAGAGACGUUGAAGCUUGUCUUUGCUACUUAUUUCCGGAUCUUAAAGCAACGACAACCACAGCUUAUGGGAGCUGUGCUUGAAGGGUUGGCGAAAUAUGCUCACCUCAUCAACCAGGACUUCUUUGGCGAUUUGCUUGAGGCCAUGAAGGACCUCAUUCGGCACAGCGAGGAGGAUGCCGAGAUUGAUGAUGAAGAUGGAGAGCACGAGGAUGAGGAUGUGUCUGUUCGGAAUACAAGCCGUGAGGCGCUGCUAUGUACAGUCACGGCGUUCACACUCCUCGCGGGCCAGGACGCACACAACGCCCGCGCAGAUUUGCAUUUGGAUCUAUCCUACUUCUCGACGCACCUCUUCCAAGGCCUCUUUCCCCUUUCGAUGGACGCUGAUCUGGAGCUGGGAGCGAAGUCUUUGCACCUUCCGGACCCAGACAGCCACCAGGUUCCUAAACUCAACAAAGUCAACCUACAGACAACGACGGUGCUCCUGAUCAGGUGUCUCACGGCAAUCCUUCUGCCGCCGUGGAACAUCCGCUCGGUCCCUCCACUGCGCAUCGCAGCAUUUGCCAAGCAGCUGAUGACCAUCGCCUUACAGAUGCCGGAGAAGUCGUGUCAGGCCGUACUCGCCUUAAUGAACGACGUGACUUAUACGCACGGAAAGAAGAUAGGGUCGAUAUGGAAUACGGAGGAGAGAAAAGGCGAUGGGACCUACAACCCGCUCAGUGAAUCUGUCGAGGGAAGCAACCCAUUUGCGGCUACGGUCUGGGAGGGGGAAUUGCUGAGGAGGCAUUACUGUCCCAAGGUCCGCGAGGGACAAAAGCUGCUAGAGAAGAGUCUCCGAACGCUGUGA